AAAUACUCGUAACCCGCGAGUUGAGUGCCACCGUAUGUAUCGUGCAUGCAUUUCUAACCUGUACAUGUUCACUUCAAGAGCUCUCGUGUCUCUUUCUAUCGCAAACUCGAACGCAUUCGGUUUGCAUUAUUUUUUAUUCAACUUCGUGCCGCUGAAGAUCUAUAUUACCAACUAAGUAUAAAUCAUUGCUUUUAAUUAUCGUGUAAGUGAUUACCCAUCGAUCUAAUCGAACAUUUCGUUAUCGUGAUACUUAAUUAGUAAUGAAUGGUGAAAAACGAUUAGAGUGUUUUUGAUAUAUUCCUGUUCGAUCUGUGAUUGCUUCUUUUCAUGUGAGUGUUUUUAAAUUCGGAUGAUACUAAAAAACUGGACUUUCGUAUUCGUAUCUGCGAGAAGAUAGCUCAGCUCAGCAGUACCUAUUCGUUGCAGUGCCGCUGUCAACUUUUAAUUGAAGGACGUUGCUCAUUUAUGGCAUCUUACGAUAUAGCUCGACACGAAUACGACAUAAUCGGCGAACGCUGAGAGCCAGCUGAAUGGUGACACUUGAAGAAUAAUCGUGAAAAAUCCAUCCGACAUCGUUCAUAGUACUCAUACCUGUCCUGUAAUCAUGAGGCUGCAAACGAACGCUUACAAAUUCAUCGAAAACAUCACCGUCGAGCCAGCCCUAUUCUUUUAUUUUCUCGCUUUUAUAUUAAUCGAUGUCAUAGACACGAAUCUCUAUCUGCAGAAAGCCUGCAGAUUUAACGUCACCUCGGAGCCGAAUCUCGAUAUACCCUGCGACGAUGAAAAACAAGGAGUAUUAUUCGUAUCGACUCUGAAUUCCAACUAUCGAUUUUACGAAAUGACCUCUAUGUUGAUUUUGGUCACGCUGCUGAUGUGCUGGAGCGACGACGCUGGCAAAAAACGUAAAAUUUUGAUAAUUUUACCCAUCUUUGGAAUGAUUGGCCAAUCGAUAAAUGGACUUUUACAGUCGUAUUUCUGGUACUGGACUCCCCUAUCUGCAGCACUGACUGAUAUGGUAGUUCAAGUGCUCAGCGGAGGGUUUAUAUUGAUGAUGUUUAGUACUCAAGUGUACGUUUGCGAUGUAUCUAGUCAUGCCGAUCGUACCAUGAGGGUUGGUAUUUUGGUGGCUAUUAAGACCAUUUGUAGUCCGCUUGGUAACGGGAUGGCGGGAUUUUUGAUCCGAAGUGUGGGCUUUUUCAACUCGUUCUCGUUGUGUUUGCUGCUGGCCAUUGCUUCGUUGGUGUCGGCUACGUUGUUGGUUAAAGAUGUUGCUGUACCUGUGGAGAAAAAGGCGUCGAUGUGGAGUUUAUUCAAGCUUACCAGGGUAGUGGAUAGUUUCAGAGUUGUGUUCAAGAAGAGCUUGGGUAAGAAGAGGAUCAUCGUGUUGUUGUUGCUUAUGGUUCAUACGGUUGUGCUGUUUUCUUCCGAAGGCGAGAAAACCGUAUUUUAUUUGUUCAUGAGGUAUAAAUUCAAAUGGGAUGAACGGAUGUUUAGCAUUUACCAGACGUACAAGUUGGCCGGAAUAAUUGUCGGCACGAUAUUUUGUUCCAUUAUAUUGAGUAAAAUACUCAAAAUACACGAUGGAAUUAUUGGCAUGUUUGCUGGAUUUUGGGAUGUGCUGGCUGCCUUGGGUUAUGUGUUCGCUAGUCAAAUCUGGCACUUGUAUGCAAUUCCUUUACUCGACAUAUUCCAUGGAACAGCGAUUGCUAUUUGUUUUUCAUUUUUGACUAAAUUUUACGAAAGCCACGAGUUCGGUCGAUUGAACGCUGUGUACAAUUCAUUUUCAUUAUUUAUUCCAUUUUGUCACCCGACGUAUAAUUUAAUCUUCCAAAAUACUCUGGAUACUUUUCCAUCAGCUAUUUUUGUUGUCAGUGUUGUGAUAAAUAUCGCCGUUUGUUUGCUUUAUGCUGGAGCAUACUUUUUGACGAAAAAAUACGAACCUGACGAGACCGUCAAAACGAUUGAAAAAAUCAGUUACGAUAAAGAAGCCGGAGAAAUCAACAAGGCGUUCUCUGAAGAAACCCCCAAAAGUGAAAGUAAAACGAUUGGAAAUACCAACACGAACGGUACCGUUGUCGAGAAACCUGAAAAUAACUCGAAAUAUUAAUUUUUCCACGUGGUACUUACCUAUUUUAUUAAGUUCCUAUUUAAUGCAACUCAAUUUUUUUUUUUUGAAACAUUUUAACUCUUAAAUUGUGAUAAUUGGUAAUUUAAUGUAAUUUAUUUGUGUUUAAUUUAUGGUCUUGACGAUAUUCAUUUCUGAGUGGAGAAUGAUAAAUGGUCGUUUUUAAAUUUAAAUUUUAAGGUUUUUAUUUAUUUCAAAUCCUGAGUGAGGAAUUACCUACCUACCUAUUUAUUUAUUUAUUUAUUUAUUUAUUUAUUUACAUUAUUUAUUUUUGAUAUUGAAGAACUUAAUACCUACUUAAGUUAACUAUUGUACCUAUUUAUUAUUUAUAUCUCUGCUAUAUUUUUUUACUAUCUAUUCCUCCAGAGAAUAGAUUACCUAAUGGAAAUUGUGGUUGCAUUUCAAUCUGAUUAAGAGGAAUGAUUUUUUUUAAAUUUUGACUGGGCUCUAUGGCUCUUCUUCAAAAUAUUAAGGUUGGUUUUCAUUUUCCACGUACUUGUUUAUCAGUGAAUGCGACUGAUCUUGAAAAUAUUAUAAAAAAUUUAAUUAUGAACACAAGAAAUAAGUUUGCAUCGAUUGAGCAAACUGUGGAAUAAAAAACUAAAAAAGGACUUCAAUAUUGUACCUUGUAUUGGACUUCUUGCAUUGAUGUGUGAAUCAACCUUUUUAUUUUAAAUUGAUUGAUGGAAUGAACGCUUUUGACGGUAACAUUUCCUAAGUACCUACCUACUUUUUUUAAAAUUAUUAUUUACCAUUGAACAUGUUUAGUUACCAUUUUGUCUGUGGUGAAAUUACUUGUUAUAUUGUGUUUUGUUUAUUUAUUUUUGCAAUAAAUAUUUUCGCGAA